AUGAGAGGUGCGACAAGCUCAAUAAUUUCCAACACCAAAUCAUCGGAGAUAGGGAGAUGGACGUUUUCUUUGAAGAGUGACAAAAUCUCUGAAUUUGCUGACGCAGAACAAAAUACCGAAUUUGUAGAUUCCCUUGAUAAACCACUAACAAAUCUAACUGUGGAAAAAGAAUUACAAUAA